AUGCAGCAACUCGAGAAGCAUUGUGAAAUAGAUGCAAUAGGCGAAGUUCUUGUGUAUCGUGCAAACGCGAGAUACUUGACACUUGACGUUCCCAAGAGUAUCCAAAAGCACAACAUCGUAAUAACUACGUACGAUGAAGUUCGGAGAUCUUACCCUCAGUGCAAUGUCCCAAGUCAGAUUGCCGACAAAGAUAAACUUAUUGAAUGGUGGAAAGAGACCUAUGAGAAUGACGUGGGCCCUUUACAUCAGAUCAAAUUCAGGAGGAUUAUCUUAGACGAGGCUCACGUCAUAAAGAAUCACCUUUCCCAAAUAUCUAUCGCUGUCCGAGCUCUCACUGGCCAUUACAAAUGGGUCCUCAGUGGAACGCCUGUGCACAAUUGUGUAGAGGAAUUCUAUCCGCUCUUUGAUUUUCUCGGUGUUCCUCGCACCGGAACUUAUGAGAAUUUCUGGAAGUUAUACUGCAAGGAUAAUGAAGCUAAUAAGUGCUUGGUUAAUCUCCUCCGAUCUUUCAUGUUUCGUCGAACGCAUUCUAGUCGGCUUUUCUCGUUACCUAUCAUCAAGCUGCCCGAUAUUGACGAAAGGGUUGUACAGACAGAAUUCUGUAAAGCUGAGAGGGUAAUGUACGAUGCUAUCAUCGAUGCAUUCUUCGAGAUAAUCAAUGGCUUCGCCCAUGUGGAAAAUCCUAGAGUGAAGCAAUACAGAUGCUUCCUAACGAUGAUUUUGAAGCUGCGCAUGUUUUCCAGCCAUAUGCUUACUGCGCAAGAUAUCAUAAAGAAGCUUCUUUCCAAAGGAUUGAUUCGGGAGCUUAUCGAUAUUUUGAAAGUGGAGAGAAGCCCCGAAAGUCCAUCCUACAAUAUCAUACAAUGGAUUAGAACAAUGAGAAAGGAUACCGAGUUGCCCGCAACUCCACAGACUCAAGGCUUCACGGGCCUUUGUGUAGAGGAGCUUCAUGGCGAUAAGGAAGAGCUUGCCAAACAAUUCAAGGCUUUCAUGACAACGCUUCACGAGAAUGAGCAGUGGUUGGAGCGUUUUGAGAGGGGGAAAUGCGCUUCCUGUGGAUUCAUGCCAAUGAAUCCGUUGGUCACGUCCUGCAUGCAUCUGUAUUGUGAGGAAUGUUAUUACCUUCUCAUGAAGGAGGGUGAAACACGGAUCUGCUCAAGUUGCAAUACAUGCAUUGAAGCAGCUGCAAUGUGCCCUAUCGCGGACGAUGGAGAGAUCCGGGAGCCACCUUCGGCUCUCAUAGUCGAAAAGACGAAGAAGCAGAAGAAACCAUCUAAGAAGAACAAGAAAAAGACACAAAGAGGUUUUAUGGGUGGCUUUCCAGCAGUUGCCUCACACGGCCGAGAUGAAUCUGAGGAUGAAGAAGUGGAUGAAGACGAGGAGGUAGAUUGGAUUUCUGUGAGUGGUGGCGAAAUGACCAGUGCCAAACUUGUCAAGAUACAAGAGAUCGUCAAGGGUUGGAUUGACGAGAACCCGGACGUGAAAAUCGUCAUAUUUACUCAGUUUCUUGACUUUCUUCGGCUGGUCGGGCUUAUGUGCAAUAAAGAGAAAUGGGUGGCCACUUCCGUAAGUUCUAAUCUUCGUCACAACCUGCCUCUGAUCCAUGGAGGGAGCGCUGCUAAUCGCACGCAGUUGCACGGGAAACUGAGUCUACAAGCUCGUGAGCAGAGCAUGGAUAAGUUCAGAGAUGAGAAAGAGGUACGGAUCUUGAUUGCCAGUCUCAAGGCUGGAGGAAUCGGACUCGACAUGUCCAUGGCGAACAAAUGUAUCCUGGUGGAUCUAUGGUGGAAUGAAGCUAUCCAACAACAGGUACUACACACACACACUUUCGAUUUCAUUCAUUUUUACAUUUCUGAGUAA